AUGAAUCCCAACGAACCCGCUGGUCCCCCGGUUCUAGCUGUUCUGAUCCCGCUAAAUACUACCUGCGGAGCGGAGCUUACCACCAGCAUGUCCUUCGAAAACUCAGACAAAAUUCACAUGCCUCUUUCCCCGGAGAAGAUACAGGAGUUUGCAGAAUGUGUGCCAGCUAAUGAAAUUGCUUCCAAUGUUAUUUUUUGA